AUGGAGACGUCGCAGCCACAAUUUCUGUUCAUGUUGGUGAUUUCCCCCGACGAGGGGCUGUUGGCAGGCAAUGCCUCCAUUCCUGCUGCUAAGCCUGGGGCAGUAGGCUUAGGGGAGGUCACCCGUGGAGCCAGCUCCCUGCUGUCCCUCGACCUGGCAGACAUGCUCCUGUUAGGCCCUGUGCACAGGGAUUUCCUGUACCUGAAUUGUCCUUCCCCAGGUUUCCUUGGGCAUCACAUUGCCAUGGAGUUCAUGGUGUACAUCGGUGAGCUCCCUCACGACUUCCUCCGCAUAGCGCCCACGCAGCAGCAGCAACAGGUCCAGCUGGAUGCGCAGACGGCCCAGCAGCUGCAGUAUGGAGGGGCACUGGGCACGGUGGACCGCCUCAACAUCACCGUAGUGCAGGCCAAGUUGGCAAAGAAUUACGGCAUGACCCGCAUGGACCCAUACUGCCGGCUGCGCCUGGGCUAUGCCGUGUAUGAGACACCCACAGCCCACAACGGCGCCAAGAACCCGCGCUGGAAUAAAGUCAUUCACUGCACAGUGCCCCCGGGUGUGGACUCCUUCUACCUGGAGAUCUUUGAUGAGCGAGCUUUCUCCAUGGAUGACCGCAUCGCCUGGACACACAUCACGAUCUCCGAGGCCCUAAAGCAGGGCGAGGUGGAGGACAAGUGGUACUGCCUGAGCGGGCGGCAGGGCGACGACAAGGAAGGCAUGAUCAACCUGGUGAUGUCUUACUCGUCACUGCCAGCUACCAUGAUGAUGCCGCCUCAGCCUGUGGUCCUGAUGCCCACCGUGUACCAGCAGGGUGUCGGCUACGUGCCCAUCACAGGAGUGCCGGCUGUGUGCGGCCCCAGCAUGGUGCCCGUGGCCCUGCCCCCGGCGGCCGUGAGCGCCCCACCCCGCUGUAACGAGGAGGACCUGAGGGCCAUCCAGGACAUGUUCCCCAACAUGGACCGGGAGGUGAUCCGCUCCGUGCUGGAAGCCCAGAGGGGGAAUAAGGACGCGGCCGUCAACUCCCUGCUCCAGAUGGGUGAGGGGUCCUAGACUGCGCCCUCGCUGCCUAUCGCCUCCAGCCCUUCCGACCUGCCUGCCCAGGGUUCCCCAAGGGCCCUGCCCAACAAGAUUCCUGUGAAAGAGCCCCGUUACCCCCUUCCUCAUGUCUGUGCCAUCCCGUCCACCCUGUUGGGAUGCCUAUGGGCUGGUUCCCGGCAGCUGUUCUGGACUCUGAGCGGGGGGGUGGAGGGGGGCUUCCCUCCUCCCUCUGUAGGGAGGUGAGCAGACACGGGCGCUGUGUCCCAUGUACACACUCACCUUCCCUGGCUGGGGACGUGUGUGAUCAGGUGCCACAAGCUUCUCCCCCACCCGCUGCCCCCAGAGUGCUCUUGUCGGAGCAGCUGCCUUGGCCAGGAGCUGGGGAAGGGCCGAGCGCCCUCUGGCUUGGUUACUGGCACGUAGUCCUGUGGCUUACGGGGUUAGACCUAUUCACUGAGGUUCCUGUUCCAUCAACAGCUGCUCUGGGGUGGUUUUAGAACUUGCCAACUGAGAACUCACGUCCCUCCAUUGAUGUGCUCUGUGGACCUGGUUGCUCCCUGGUGUCCUGGGCCCAUGUGGCUUGGCCAGGCCUCAGCCACAGGUGUCAGCCUGACUGCGGACAGCUCGCCAUCCAGCGCCGGGCACAGUCCUUGGGGUGGCUGGAGCAGGGCCGUCCUUAGGUCAGGGGGUCCCUUUUGUCUCUCCUGCUGUUCAUGCAGCUUUGUGGGAUGUUAUUCCGAGGGGUGGCUUCUCUUCUCCUUGACUGACUUGCACCAGAACCUAAAGUUGGGGUAAAAAGUAAUAGAUGUAGGAUUUUGUUAAAGGGUGUGGGGACUGCGGGGCUCACCGCUGACGUUGAUUCCAGGAAACAGCUCAGCGUGGAGGGUGGAGACAGGUGGCAGUCUCCCUGGGAGGCUGGAGGUGCACAUGAACCUUAGGCACCCUGGCCCGGCUCUGGCCGAGGACACAGCACGGGGACAGGCUGGGUGACACCUAGUGAAAUGUGAGCUGUUCUCAGAGGCGACGCACUUUAUACCACGCGCUGAUUCAAGUUCUCUGCAUCCUCGUGGUCGUGGGUUCAGUUUGCAUUAAGCCACAGUCACCAUCCUUUCUUAGGAGUUGUGGCCCCAGCCUUGGGCACAAGACAUUCCCCAUACAGCGUCGGGACAGUCCUGACAGCCUGGACGUCUGGCGGGUUAGCAGGAGGACGUUACAGCUUGUUCGUGCUCCUUCCUCCACACGCGCAGGCUGUUGGCACCAGAGGGCUGUUCUCUGCCACCUUCGGGCUGUGUUUGGUCAGGUGCACUGCUCCUGGCCUGCAUUCUCUGAGCCUGGAGGGUAUGGCAGCUGGUGGUGAGGGGUUUCUCAGCGCAGGCUGACCCUGCUGAGGGGCUCGGCGCCCCUGCUGGAGCUCGAUAAGCACCGACUUCUGUGACCCUGUGGUUAUAUGUCAGCAGCUGGUCUCAUGCCUGUGAGGAGGACGUCUCAGCGGAUGAAGUGUCAGGCAGGCUGUAGCUCCCUGGUGUUUGAGGGGUGACAGCAAGCUAGGAACAGGACGAGACAGGUGCCAGGGGGCCCCUGCACCAUCCUCUGAGGUGCCAGGGAGGCGCUCGUGGGACUCUGCGGAGUCCUAGGUCCAGCCCCCAGAGCAGACUCCCGGCUCAGCAUGUGGGAACCCCAGAAUGUGGAGCACGAUAGUUUUUAGGGUGAUCUGCACUUGCCACAUCUCUGCGUUCCUCUUUCACAAGCACUAUUUUUUUAAUUGAUGAAAGGCCCCGUUUCACAAGCCUUAGUUACAGCAGGUCCCAUCCUCCUCAUGCUGUUCCCAGGUCUGAGCUCGUGUGGCCUGCGCCCCACAGGGAAGUGGGUCCCUCGGCAGGGCUCAGUCAGCUGCACAGAGGAGGUUCCCCCGCCUCCUGCAGAUGGCAGCCUUGGGGCCCUGCUCUGGGGGAAGAGAAGCAGGCAGUCGGGUUCUUCCCCCUUCUCUGCCAUCCCCCGUCGCCCGAAGGCCCCUCCCCCCUGUGGGCACAGAGUCUCAGGGCCUGUGCUUCUGGUUCUUCUCAUGGGGUCCAGUGUCAAUUUUUCUUUGACUGUAAGAUAUAUUUUUACUUUCCAGCCUUCUAAUUUAACAAAUGAUCUAUAUAAAAAUAGAGAAUUAAAGUCCUUCAGGGAAAGUUUA